AUGGCGAUCAGCAACAAGAAGCUUCAGAAGAUCAUGACCCUACCCAUCAAUCAGAUCUUCAGGUAUCUGCAGAACCGGUCUCGCGUGCAGGUCUGGCUGCACGAGCAGUCGGAUUUGCGGAUCGAGGGCCGCAUCCUGGGCUUCGAUGAGUACAUGAACCUCGUCAUCGAUGAUGCGGAGGACUCGCAUGAGCCAGUCCCACUGCACAUGUUCCCGUCCGCCGCCUUGUGCUGCCGGAGAUGGCGGCUGGAGACGAACAUUGAUCGUCCACUUUUCGUGUGCUAUCGAGAUCCGUACAGUUAUGCGCUGAUUCACCAAACCAUCUCCAAUGCUUUCUGUAACACAGCUUUCAUGUACGGCCUGCGAGAAGAAUGGCAGGGAGGCAAGCCCCGUGGCAUUCGCUGUGCUCGUAAGCUGCGGGUGCACCGCAGGGAGGCACUCUGGGCAGACAAGGAUUACAAGAAGGCCAACCUGGGAACCAAGUACAAGUGCAACCCCUUCGGAGGAACGUCUCAUGCCAAGGGCAUCGUGGUGGAGAAGAUCGGCAUUGAGGCGAAGCAGCCGAACUCAGCCAUCCGAAAGUGCUGUCGAGUGCAACUGAUCAAGAAUGGCAAGAAGAUUGCGGCGUUCGUCCCCAGAAUGGAGUCUGGCAGUGCAGCACUUCCAGCCCGGCGAUGGGCUGCCCUUCUCUUGACUGCCUCCAUAGGCAUUGUGUCAGCAGCAGAUGACUUGGUGCAAACGGUGGACCUGUACCGUGCGAUGGCGAAGCCUCCGGACGGCAAGGAAACGAACCCAGUGUCCAACAACAAUUUGGCAGACGUCAUGGGUGUGUUGCGCUACGUUCAUCAAGAGGUUAUCGUGGAGCACGUUGCUGGUGAUCCAGAGCGACCUUCUAGGAAGUACGGCAUUGAUUCCUUCGGUCACUACCGGAUGAAAAUCCGGAAUCCGGAUUCCAUCCUCAAGGACCCGAGCAAGCUGGCCAUGCCUGGCUUCGGGCGCUACGGAGCAUUCGACUAUGGUGUUGCCACAUCUCUGGACCUGCUGGAGGGGGUCGUGGCCAAUGGUGAUUAUGUCGGAAUCUCCAAGGAGGAUUCUCCGCAGAUCAACUUUACCCAUCCAUGGUACUGGUUCUCUGUGGACGGUGAUUGCCCAAAUCUGCCUUGGCAGUGCGUAAAGCCUUUCGACGGAUGUACGGCCGAGGCGCCGCCGACGAAGCCUCAACCUUGCGAUCCGGAGGGCUGUGCGGGCAAACAGGACAAGGAUGCGCGCAACUGCAGCUCCAAUCCACACUUCACAGAUCCUUCGGACACCGACACGGCACGGAAGUGCUGCCUGCACUACAGUCAGUUUCCUGACAAGGUGAUCAUGGGCGGCUUGUGCAACUCCUCCGUCAAGGAACCAACGGGAGAAAUCGGCUGCGUCUAUACCUACCAGGCUAUGGGAGACAAGGACUUCGUGAACAUCGACGACCUGAACGGAAUCACGAGCAUGCCGUGCGGGCCGGAUGGCAAGAGGAAGUGCACCGGCUGGAAAGAUUGGCGACACAACUGCUACGACCCGAAGGGGACCUACAAGAAGCGGUUCCACUGCAACGACUGCAGCUCCACGAGCCCCAAAUGGGACGUUGAGAAAAAGCCCACGGCCUACUGCGUCGAGUACGACCUGCAUCCCUACUGCCAGCAAACACAGGAUCUCUGCAAGGAUCCGAGAUGCAUGCAGUUGAAGAAGGAGGACAAGGAGACGGGCCUUCCCUUCUGGAAGGGCAAGUGUGAGGUGCGGGACAACCAGCGUCGUGCUGAAGCAGUAGCGGAAUAUUUUCUCGGGGACGCCGUGAAGGAUUCCCACUGGCUGGUUGACAAGGAUGCCAUGGAUGCAAGCCCAGCCUGUGCAUCCAAAGACAGUUCCGUGCCCAACCAGUGCACUCCGAAUCCUGAUGGCGGUCCAUACUGCACGCGUCUGUUCGGUGGUGUUUGCUCCUCCUGCUACAUCCCAAACACCGACCCGCCAUAUCCGGAUCCGACCUCCCAGCCGAUGUGCCCCUGGGACGUGCUGAAGGAGAAGGGCAAUGGGGCUGCCAAGCCAGUGCAGACGAAGUGUGCAUCGGAAGAUCCGCUUUCUCUUUGCUGCCUCUAUGGCAUUGGGACCUGUGGAAACGUGACUGGCACCGACGGCUCUGAUGCCGAGUUAAGCGCGAAGGGCUUCCUCCUGGUCGCCAGGAUGCAAGACAACAAAGAGAUGGUGAAGUUUGCCCAGCGCUACGUGGAGUCCUUUAAGGGCGCCGUGGUGGACCAGACCGCCUUCAGCAGUGACGUUUACUCCACGUGGCACUACCAGCCGCCGAGCCUUCCAGAGCAGGCUUGGGACGACUUUGCGUCCACGGUGAAUCAAAGCUCUGGCGUCAGCUUCAAUCCGGUCAAACCCACGCCGAAGCCGUCCGGGGGAGGAGGCCUGACCUGGCUCUGGAUCGUCAUCGUAGUGGUUGUCCUGGCCCUGCUGGGCUUUGGCGCUUUCAAGUACCGUCAAAGCCAGCAGGCCCGGCAGCCGCUCCUGCCAUCCGGCCAAAAUCCCCAUGUGCAGAUGAGCUUGCUCAGCGUGGAAAAGGGAACAUCUGACUUUGCAAAGGAUGGUUGCCUCAACUUCAUCGAUGAGAACGAUGAGGUGCUCGUCUCCGGCUUCGGGCGACGUGGGCAUGCCGUCGGCGACAUUCCCGGUGUGCGAUUCAAGGUGGUCAAAGUUGCCGGCUGCGGUCUUGGAGCUUUGUACCGCAACAAGAAGGAGAAGCCUCGAUCCUGA